AUGUGGUGGAUGUUGUUCCCCCGAUGGAUCUGGUUCUCGCUUGGGCAGCUGUGCGUCCUGAUCUCGCACCCUCAGGUCAGGGCUUUGAAUUUGAAUAAAGUGGUGUAUUCUCAUGCUGGAAUGUGUCCUAAUGAGAUGAACCCCAAUCUUUGGGUGGAUGCCAUGAGUACCUGUAUGCGGGAGUGCCAGUCCGACCAGGACUGUGAAACAUUCGAGAAGUGCUGUUUAAAUGUGUGUGGAAGCAAGAGCUGUGUGGCUGCACGCUAUUUGGAUGUAAAGGGAAGUAAAGGACCAGUGGGAAUGCCAAAAGAGGCCUCCUGUGACAAGUUCAUGUGUACCCAACAAGGUUCAGAAUGUGACAUCUGGGACGGGCAGCCAGUCUGUAAGUGUCGUGAUCGCUGUGAGCGAGAACCGCGUUUCACCUGCGCAUCAGACGGUAUGACCUACUACAACAAGUGCUACAUGGAUGCAGAAGCCUGCUCUAAAGGAGUUUCCCUUACCGAGGUCACCUGCCGAUUCCACCUGAUGUGGCCCAACACAAGCACUCUGCCUGAGGAAACGACAAUGAACCCUACCACUGUUCAGCAAGAAACGACACCUAUAGACAUCCAGUCUCCUGUUUUGGUUACCAAUCCUGUUCAAAACUCUGUGUUUGUGAGUGAAACGGCAAGUUUUAUGUGUGAAAUAACUGGCAAGCCCAAACCAGAGAUCACCUGGGAAAAACAAGUGGAAGGAAAGGAGAACACAGUCAUGUGGCCUAACUUUGUUCAAGGGAAUAUCGCAGUAACUAACAUUGCCCAGCUUGUCAUCUAUAACGCCCAGCUUCAGGAUGCUGGAAUUUACACAUGCACUGGGAAAAACUUAGGUGGAUCCAUACAAGCCCACUUCCUGCUUUCUGUUAUCAGUAAAGAGGAUGGUAGAGAGGAGCGAUUGAACUCUACCCACCUGCCACCUGAGGAGUGUUUGAAAGCACCAGAUAUGGGUGACUGUGGGGAGGAAAGUAUGAGCUGGUACUAUGAAGCUAAGCGCAACAAUUGCUUCACAUUUACCUACAGCCAGUGCAACAGAAACAGAAACCACUUUGACACAUACAAAACAUGCAUGAUAUCUUGUGGAGCAGAACUGGCAGCACCUUGCUCCCUGCCUAGUGUUCAGGGACCCUGCAAAUCAUACGAGCCACGCUGGGCUUACAACCAUCUCCUCAAGAAGUGCCAAUCUUUUGUCUAUGGCGGUUGUGGUGGCAAUGAAAACAACUUCAAAAGUAAAGAGCUUUGCGAGGACACGUGUCCCUUCCGCAAGAACCACAACUGCAAGGUGUGCAAGCCAAAACAGAGGAUGGUUACCAGCUUCUGCAGGAGUGACUUUGUAAUCUUGGGCAGCAUCACGGAGAUGACAGAAGACCAAGACUCGGGCCAUGCCCUCAUCCAGGUAGACGAGAUCCUAAAGGAUGAGAAGAUGGGACUUAAGUUCUUUGGACAGGAGCCCCUGGAGGUUACUCUGCUUAACAUGGACUGGAGCUGUCCUUGUCCCAACAUCACCAGUGCUAUGGGCCAGUUAAUUAUCAUGGGGGAGGUUCACAAUGGCAUGGCCGUGCUUCAGCCUGAUAGCUUUGUGACCGGUUCGAGCAGCCGUCGUACACGCAAGCUUCGUGAGCUAGUCACCAAAAAAACAUGUGCCCUUCUCAAGGAGUCUGCCAACACACAAUAGCUGGAAAAUUCAGUCCCUUGCUUCGGACUCAUAAGAGACAAUAUAAGUACCCUUUUCCAAUCCACCUUUUUCUUACAGUGUCUGUAUUGUAAUAUUACAUGUGAAAAUGAUCAUUACACUAUAUGGUCAAACAAAUGUGGUCAUAUGGUUCAUCCCAUUUCACAAGCUAUAACAGGUUAUGAAUAUGGAGAGUUUAUGUAUUUGUGCUCAUUCAGUAAAGCCUUUGCUAGGACGAGAAGACCUGUAUUAAACCCAGAGAACAUGGUAUAUUUUAUACCAUUAUUUUAUAUAAAACCAUGUUCUCUGCAUUGUGCAAAACCCACUUGAUUUGUUUAUACACCUGUUAUGAAUGGGUGUGGAAAACCUAAAGUCAAUAAAUAGGUCGACAUACCAUUGGCCAUAUAGUAUAUUUACAUGUUCUUAUUGAGUUCCAUAUGUACAUUGAAGCACUUAUUUUGUAAAAUAUUGAAGAAAUCAUUAUUAUGUCUUAGUUUUAGGGUGCUCGGGUGAUGUCUGUUAUGCUAGCCCUUCACUGCUGAGAUCCGGGUUCGAAUCUUAAUGGUGCAAUCGGCUGCCUGGGCGUCUACACUGACAUGAUUGGCUGUGUGUGCAACCAAGAGCUAUAGUGACAUUUAACUUAGUCAAAUCUGUUGACUAACUUGUGAGCAUCAUAUAUACGUAUGGUUCUUUGUUUUAUUACCAGUUUAGUUGAUAUUCUUGCACCUUGUAAAUACACUUUAAUAUAUUCAUGCUUCACUUAAUAAAAACCUUAUUCUAAAA